AUGAAGCGCAAAUUGGACGAGAACGACGUCCCUGUACCAGAAGCUACAACAAACAGUCAGAAUGACAAGUUGUCCUUCGAAUCCCUCGGCCUCGAUCCUCGCCUCCUACAGGCAAUUGCGAAAUCCCAGUUCUCAACUCCUACUCCAGUCCAAGCAAAGGCUAUUCCCUUAGCUCUCGAAGGGAAAGACAUACUGGCUAAAUCCAAGACGGGUUCUGGGAAGACUGCCGCUUAUGUUCUGCCUACUUUGCAGUCCAUCCUUCGACGAAAGGCCUCUGCCCCCAAGAAGAAGAUUACAACCACUCUGGUACUUGUACCCACACGAGAGCUGGCAGAUCAGGUCUCCAAAGCCUAUACUGCAUUCGUUGCAUUCUGCUCAAAGGAGGUCCAGAUCUUAAAUCUCACGCAACGAGUUGCCGAUGCUGUAUUGAAUGCCGUGCUACAAGACUCGCCAGAUGUGAUUGUUUCAACACCUGCACGAGUUAGCCAGUACCUGAACUCUGCCCGACUGACUCUUGAUGGUAUCAACCAUCUUAUCAUUGAUGAGGCAGACAUCGUGCUGUCUUAUGGAUAUGAGGAGGAUAUCAACGCAAUAGCGAAGGUCAUGCCACGUGGGGUCCAGACAUUCCUGAUCAGUGCAACUCUGACACCGGAAGUCGAUGAGCUCAAAAGUUUGUUCUGCCGUGAUGCAGAGAUUGUGAAGAUUGACGAUAAGGAGGAAAGGGGUGAAAGUGUCACGCAAUAUGUGGUCCGCUGUGGAGAGGACGAUAAAUUUCUACUCAUUUUCAUCGUCUUUAAGCUGCACUUGGUCAAGGGCAAAUCUCUGAUUUUUGUCGAUGAUGUCGAUCGAAGCUAUCGCCUGAAACUAUAUCUGGAACAAUUUGGCAUCAAGUCAUGUGUUCUGAAUGCAGAGCUACCGGUCAAUUCCAGGCUGCACGCGGUCCAGGAAUUCAAUAAAGGGUUCUACGACAUCCUCAUCGCAGCUGAUGAUCAGGAGGUUCUCGGAGGAAUCUUGAAACGAAGGAAGUCCAAGGCUCAACAAGACGAAGAUCACCAGAUUAGUGAUGAGGAUGACGAGGACGAGAACGACCAAAUGCCUUCUAAGAAGACGAAAGUGGCAAAGAACGAGAAAGAUUAUGGCGUUUCGCGAGGAAUUGACUUCCAGAAUGUCGCUUGUGUGAUCAACUUCGAUCUUCCCCAUACCUCAAAAUCGUAUACACACCGCAUCGGGAGAACUGCCAGAGCUGGAAAGGCCGGCAUGGCAUUAUCCUUCGUCAUUCCCAAAGAUCUAUAUGGCAAGAAUCGGCAUACGAGCAUCUCAUCAGCGAAGCACGACGAGCGAGUUCUGGAGAAAAUUAUCGCCCGCCAAAAAAAGAAAGGCAACGAAGUCAAACCCUACCACUUUGACAUGAGCCAAGUUGACGCCUUCCGAUACCGCAUGAACGAUGCAUUGCGAGCAGUCACCAGAGUCGCCGUCCACGAAGCAAGGGCGCGGGAAAUAAAACAAGAAUUGAUCAAGAGCGAAAAACUGCGUAAGCAUUUCGAGGACAACCCAGACGAUCUCCGACACCUGAGACACGAUGGAGAACAUGGCGGGAUUGUGCGCCAUCAGGCUCAUCUCAAGCAUGUGCCUGACUAUCUGAUGCCUGCCCAGGGAAGGAAGGGACUUAGUGCGGAUGAGGUGGGAUUCGUCGGUUUCAGGAAAGUAGAUGGCAAGGACAAACGGAAGGACCAGAAGAGACGAGGGAAGACGACGAGGAAGGGCCGUGGCGCAGGUAGACCGAAGGGAAGAGUCGACCCGCUCAAAUCGUUCAGUGCAAAGAGGAAGCGUUAG